UUCUGAGGUUCUCCACCAAUUUCACAACCACCACCACCAUCAACAUCAUCAUCAUCUUCUUCUUCUUCUUCUUCUUCUUCUUCUAUAGUCUGAGUACCUAUUAGGAAUCAGCUAUGGAGCACGUCCUGGGGCUGAUGAAGGUUCAUGUUAUCAGAGGCACCAACCUCGCGGUUAGGGACACCAGGAGCAGCGACCCUUACGUUGUUGUCAAGAUGGGCGAUCAGAGGUUGAAGACUCAUGUGAAGCAGAACGAUCUCAAUCCUGAAUGGGAUGAAAAAUUGACCCUUUCUGUUUCAGAACCCAUUCUGCCAGUUAUCAUUGAAGUUUUUGACAAGGACACAUUUACCAAAGAUGACAAAAUGGGUGAUGCCGAAGUUGAUCUUAGCCCCUUCAUGGAGGCUGUUGAAAUGCAUACCAGUGGCACCUUAGAUGAUACUGUAUACAAGUUUGUCCUGCCAACUCCAGAGAACUGCUUGGCCAAAGAAAGCUGCAUUAAAUGUGUGCAGGGGAAGGUUGUACAGUACUUGAUUCUCAGGCUAAGAAAUGUUGAAUGCGGCGAAAUAGAGAUGCAAUUGUCAUGGGUUCCUCUCGGUUGCUCAAAGUAAUGUUUCAACUACCUGUUAUUUCCGAACAAGCAUUGGAGGCAUUGUUGGAGAACUGGUGCUUAAUCAUUCUCGGAGAUGUAGGUGUAAUAUACCACCUUUGUGUAUGUUACCCUCUUUGUGAUAUUCCCAUUUACGAGUACCGAAUGGACUACAGUUAGGUUUCAAAUGAAAGUGUGACUUGGUUUAUGCUUA